CUGGGCGCCUGCGCACUAACUCUUCCUCAGGCGGCCGCCAUGGCUGGGCAAGAGGAUCCGGUGCAGCGAGAGAUUCACCAGGACUGGGCGAACCGGGAGUACAUAGAGAUCAUCACCAGCAGCAUCAAGAAAAUCUCGGACUUUCUCAAUUCGUUCGAUAUGUCUUGUCGGUCAAGACUUGCAACGCUAAAUGAGAAAUUGACAGCCCUGGAACGGAGAAUAGAGUACAUUGAAGCACGGGUGACAAAAGGUGAAACACUCACCUAGAACUGUGCCACACUGCUGCUGGGAAGUUGCUGUACAGAACACAGGCCACGUGGGAAAGGCCCAGCAGCCUUCUGCUCCUCCUCCUCUCCUUAAAGAGCAACAGGGCUUUUUCUUGUUUUUCUUUUUUCAAAAGUGGCCUUUGGGCUCUGCCAUGUUCAUCUGGGAUGUGAUGUGGCGUAGGGGAGAAGUCCAGGGACCUCUGAAACAGCAUUAGGCAUUUUCCCUUUUCAGUAACAUUUUAUGGAACUACUUGUCAAUGUUUUGGAGGUGCACAGAGCCAAAAGGCUGGGACUCUGUUAAGGUCCCAUCCACCUCUCAUGCUCUCUCUCUCUCUCUCUCUCUCUCUCUCUCUCUCUCUCUCUCUGACAUUCUCUCCAGUUCCCAUUGCCUCUGCACUGAUUCUGUCCACAGUCUGUCGUCUCCCCACCCAUGGUGGGAAGUUGGGGGCUGUCUUGGCUGAGACACUCAUGCCCUGGCAGUGUGGCUGCCAGAAAAUGUUGCUAACCCACCAGUUCCUUGUUUUGGGGAGGUCAAAACCAGGUCCCCAGUUGGCUUAAAGGGACAUUUUCAGUUUUCUUUCUGUCACUUGGGGUACUUAUGCCUCACAUAUUUCCCUAAUAAACUCCUCAACUUUA